AUGAAAAAACGUGUUAAAGAUAAGAAAUUGGAACAGUUUACAACGAAACAAGAAAAAGAAGAGCAAGAAGAACGUGAAAUUCGACGGCGUGCAAGACGAGAGGCUUCAUUGGACAAGAUUUCUACUGAUGAAUUUGCACCAACAAUUUUUGAACAAGUAAAUGCACCAUUGAAACCUGUCAUAAAUUUUGAAUGCUUUCGAAAAGAAAAAGUCAGUGAGCAAACGCCAUCAUUAACUCAAUUAUCUGCGCGAGGUUCAUCAUUAUCGACACCUACACCAAGCGUCUAUUUAAGCCCUGAUGUUGACAGAAUGUCUUCAGCAGAGCCAGAAAAGUUAGAAUAUGCGGCAUCGAAUGAUGUUCAUUCCAUUCCGGAUCCGAUAGUGUUAGAAUCGCAGAUAUCUAAUCAGUUUUCUGUAUACAAUGUGCAGAUAGUUAUAAACAAAAUAGUUGCUCUUCUUUCUGUAUUUCAGAAAAAAUCAGGAAAAUCUAAUGAAGUAGGCACAUAUCCAGAUAUUACUGAUAAGGCAUUGGAAACAUCUGUUAAAAAGGAUGAAACGUUGCAAACGACGCAUGGAUCAUCAGAGGGAUCUCGAGAACGAACAGAAGAGGAAAAAGAGAAAGAAAAAGAAAAAGCAAUGGGACAAAGUGUAUAUUUUAUUCCAGAUCUGAAAAUGGAGCAAAAUCUCACUGCCACAAGCGAUAUGAGCUAUUUUGACAUAAGCAGGAGAAGUGCUACAUCAAAGAAAGGAUCCGCAGAAUUAGAAAGCUCAAAACGAUCAGCUAAAACGGUAAAAUCAGAGACGAGUGCCACAGAAAAUGCAACAAAACAAGUGCUUUCAUCGAAAAAAUCUCUUCCUUCCUCUUCUCCGACAAUGGAACCGAAUAUUGCAAUAAGCCGAUUUCAUCGCAAAAUAAUUACAACAUUAAAACAUGGAGUUGGUGCAUUUGGUAGUGGUGUAGCUUCAGCAACUCAUUUAUCACGGAAAGUGAAAGAAAGCGAUGUAAGUAACAAAAAUAUGACAGUGGUGAAAGGAUCAGAAUCAGAAACCACAUCAUCAAGAGACACUUCAAAAAGAAAAAAAGAUAAAAAUAAGGCAAAUCCAUUGAUCUAA